CGAGCCACCACACCGGCGCUUACGCAUGACGACUUAACUCCGCGUCAAGCUAAUUAGCUAGCUGAAUGACGGCUACGAUUACGCGAAGGAGUGGAGCUAACGUCAACUUAUCCGUUACCGGGCUAAUCGACAACUGAAACACAGAGACAGCUGGGUCUCUCUCCGUCAGUGACCACAGUCUGAGCCUCCGCCGCCAUGACAGACAACAAGCGACUGGCCUUCUCCAUCCUCCAGUUCCUCCAUGACCAGCUCCAGUCAGGGGAUCUGACCUCAGGCGCCCAGGAGAGUCUGGAAGUUGCGGUUCAGUGUUUGGAGACAGCAUUUGAAAUCUCGACCGACGACCAGAGCCUCGCUGUCCCCAUGACGUUACCAGAGAUCUUCGCCUCAGCCACAGACAAACUUCCAGUCGAGUCGCAGAUCAACAACAACUCCGCUCCUCCACAACCUCUGAACUCCCUCACUGAGGAUCAGAGAGACGAGGCAGAGACGCUCAAAACUGAUGGUAACGACCAAAUGAAAGUGGAGAACUUUGCAGCUGCUGUUGAGUUUUACUCGAAGGCCAUCGCCAUCAACCCUCAGAACGCCGUCUAUCACUGCAACAGGGCCGCAGCUUACAGUAAACUAGGGAACUAUGCCGGAGCGGUGCAGGACUGUGAACAGGCCAUCAGCAUCGACCCAAACUACAGCAAAGCCUACGGGAGGAUGGGUUUGGCUCUGGCCAGCCUCAACAAACACACAGAAGCAGCAACUUACUAUAAGAAAGCUCUGGAGCUCGACCCCGACAACGACACAUACAGAACCAACCUGAAGAUCGCAGAGGAGAAGAUGGAAACGUCCAGUCCAACAGCAGGGAUGGGUGGAGUAGAUCUGGCUGGUCUGCUCAGUAACCCCGGCUUCAUGAACAUGGUGAGAGCUCACACUCUGUUUCUAUUCUACUGUCACCAUUAUUGAAGAUAAUACAUUCAGCAGAGAUGGGAGGUGUUAUAAGAGAGCACAACACAUA